CUGAGGACGCAGCAGGAUUGUCCCUCGGCAGCCGCCGUGGUUGCAGCCCGGCGCGUUGCCGUGGAGACGGGCUGGUCGAGGUGGAGCCGGCUGCCGCGCGCUGAGCUGAUUCUACCUCUCCGCCAGGACUCAUGUGGCCCCCGCGUGAUCGCGGGGCGGGUAACGGGGUAAGACCCGGCGGGGAAGCUCCAGGGAACCGAAACGAGACCGGGGUUUCCAGAAGACCCGGCACAGCGGAUUCCUCCCCGCGAGGAGGGACCAUUGCUAUGGAAACCAGAGCGCGGGGCAGCGGGGGAUUGUGGCUCCCAGAUGGUGACCGAUCUUCUGUCUCCCCGAGACCCUCACCCGAGGCUUCGGGCGCGAUUGAUUUCUGAACGAACCUGCCCUCCCGCCCACGGGAGAGAGUUUUCCAUGGCACAACCCAACAGAAAGAUGUAGCCUUUGUGCCUCUCUGGCCGCUGACCCCCUGGCCCGAUGACAGCACCCCCGUGUCCCUUUCCGGUUCAGUUCCGGCAGCCCUCGGUCAGCGGCCUCUCCCAGAUCACCAGCAGCCUGUACAUCAGCAACGGGGCAGCUGCCAACAACAAGCUCCUGCUCGCCAGCAACCAGAUCACCACGGUCAUCAACGUCUCGGUCGAAGUGGUAAAUACCUUAUACGAGGACAUCCAGUACAUACAGGUGCCUGUGGCCGACACCCCCACCUCGCGUCUUUGUGACUUCUUUGAUCCCAUUGCUGACCACAUCCACAGCGUGGAGGUGAAGCAGGGCCGCACACUGCUGCAUUGUGCCGCUGGAGUGAGCCGCUCUGCCGCACUCUGCCUCGCCUACCUCAUGAAGUACCACGCCAUGUCCCUGCGGGACGCCCACGCAUGGACCAGGUCAUGCCGGCCCAUCAUCCGGCCCAACCACGGCUUCUGGGAGCAGCUCGUCCACUACGAGUUCCAGCUGUUCGGCAAGAACACCGUGCACAUGGUCAGCUCCCCGAUGGGAGUGAUCCCUGACAUCUACGAGAAGGAGGUCUGUUUGAUGAUUCCUCUGUGAGCCAUCCUGCCAGCCCCCCACACUCAGGUCAGGGGUGCAGAUCUGCUGUGGACCCUCCACCCAGACCUGAACAUAAACAUUUCACUUCUGCUGAUACAGAAAAAAAACAGAUGAGGCCUUUCAUAAGGGCCAGGAAAAAAGGAAAGGUGCUGUAGCUUUUAAUCUUAUUAUCCCUAUCUUCAAAGAUUAACUCCACUAACCAUACAGGGGUGCAGAGAAGUUUCCUACCCUUGUGAGUGACAGGUCAUGGCUGCUGGCCAGAGGGGAAGAGUGAGGCAAGUGCCCAGGCCAGAUAGACUAGCGCCUAAAGCAUUUGGCAAGCCUGGAAUCCUGCUGCCCUCGCCCAUACCGACUAACCCAGGAAUGAGUCAGCCACAGUUCCAUUAAAUUCUUUUAAACCCAAAGCCAGAGCCUUAAGCAUCGUGGCAUCACAGUAAGUGGGCCAACCCACUAGGUAAGUGGCCUUUGGGUGGUGCUCUGGGAGUCUUGGGGGCCCAGGCCAACCCUGCUUCCACCUUCGACCCACAGGGCCCCAACUUUGGUUUUCUGGAUGGGAUUUACACAUGACAUAGUUUGCAAAGAAAGCACUCCACAGUAUAAGAAUUU